AUGGCCGACUCUACUUCAAUUUCCAAUGCUACAAGCACACCCGACUCUUUGUCAAUUCAAGAGCAAAUGUACUUAUAUAGCAGAAUAGAAAAAAUAGUAGUGGAACCAUAUCGUAUCAGCGAUGAUAACAUUCGUCAGUGGUUUAAGAAUUUUGAGCUUGUCGCCAAACGAUACCGAGUGACCAACAUGAACUAUUGCAUCGACCAUGUUCAGUUAUACUUACCUCGUCCAAUCACUCAGUUGAUACCCACCUUUCCAGAAAUUGCACUGCUUAGCUGGAAGUUGUUCACAGAAGCGAUUAUGAGACAAUUCUCUCGAGGUGCUACAUAUGAUGAUAAUAAGGUCAAAAUGAGGCUUCGACAGAUGAAACAAGGUCAAUCAACAGCAUUGAUAUUACACAUAUCAGAUUGGACUCAUUGUCACAGUCUAUUAUCCACACCUUUAUCAACCGAGCAACAGGUCGACAAAUUUCUACAAUCCUUAUUCAAUCAACAAUUGCGUUAUACACUACUCAGUAAAAAUGAGGUGAAAGCUUUUGAUACACUUUUAGAUGCCACCCAGUCGGCGUUAGAAUUGGAAAGAAAAGGUAGAUGGGAAGAAGAUCUGAAGCCAAUUGGUACAACAGCAGGACCGUAUAUAGAUGAUGAAGAAACCACCGAUAUAGACCACAUGGAUACAUCGCUAGCUGUAACUCAUCACCCAUACCAACCAAGAACACCACCAAGAAACAAAGGUACUUACACUCAACAAUACGACCGUGAAGAUAAACCUAUCUGUUUUUAUUGUGGAUUUCGCGGUCAUAGACAUGAGUCUAAGGAUUGUUUCCACAAAGAAAAAUCAAAAAAGAGCGGAAAUCCAAAGAAGCAUCCAAACACAGCAUCUGUACAACAGGUUGAUGCUGCUGAAAAUACAGAUGAUGCGGGAUUUUCAGUUUGUUUAACUAAAGUGGCCAACACACAAUUACGAAGCCAAAAAUUCGUAUGA